AUGGUUGAUGGUAAAUGUUGGGUCGCAACCGACACUGGACCUCUUGGCACAGUGGUGGCGAUAUCCAGCAUUGAAUCGCAAGCAGGCAGAGAAGGCCUGCCAAGCGGGAAGUUCCUAAAUGCUGUUUUACUGAAACACAGUGCUCCAGGAAAGUUCAAGUCUGCUGCACUCCAGCAGCUAGUUUACGAAUCCCAUGGCAUUUUUCGUCGAGCGCAGCUUCAACAGAAACAGGCUGGGCUGGAAAUAGGAGAUAUUUUGUCGCUAAGUUUGGAGUAUCGAUCUGUAAUCCGAUCUGCUUUGUUAUCUGUGGAUGAGUCAGAUGAGGAUACGUGUAGUUUGCUUAGCUCUUGGGAACUUAUAUGGUCUCUUAUGGAAACAGUUUUUUUCAAGCCAUCUUCUUCAUCUAUUGUGGUAGAUCUCAUUGCUUGGGCGCGGAUCUGCCUUGUGAAGACAGAUUAUAUUGAUGAAAUAUCUUCGUGUUUACUGCCGAGUAAAAUUCGUAGAUUAGACAAAGAAAUUUUUUGGAAACAAGUUAUAAAAGAUGAUGCGCUUAAAAAGCUUUCUGAAAUCAUUGACCAGUUUGAUGUUUCUGCUUUUUGCGAUAUGGAUUCUGAAGGGGAUCUGUCAAGGUUAAGACAGAACUUGCGUGGGCUGGUGGAAUCUGGUUUGUUUGAGAAAGGGUCGGAAGCAUUCAAAAUAGCUAUGCUUCUGAUGGGUCACCUUCCUACUUUCAAAGCAAUUUCAUCGUUUUCAUCUCACUGGUUUGAGAUCCUACCGCUUUAUGCAUUUCUUUAUCGACCAAACGCACAGUUGGAAGAGUUACCAGGUUUGGCAAAGGAGUGUGCCGGGCUACUGAGUUCCAAAGAAGAAAUCGAAAUUGAUACAAUAGUAGGUGCAGUGUGUUCUCUUGAUGCUCUCUUAGCAGUCCAGCAAAUUGCAAGAUUUAAUCAAGAUUGGUGGUUAGCUGCUCACUUGUCGGAUCUUUUGCGAAAGGUAAAUAGUGACUUAAUGAACGCAUAUGGGAUUGAUGCCAGGCAACAUUUGUUAAUGGAGUACGGUACGCAGUUAUUUGAAGAACCAGGUAUGUGGUCAAUUGGUUUUGACUACCUAUUAGAAUGUGGAGCUGAGGGUGAGGAGAGGUUGGCUCUUUUGAUCUCUAAUUUUCAAGUCGAUAAUGAGGCAGUAGCGUUGAAGCUUAUUUCCCGUUGUUCCGUUGAAGGCUAUGGAGAUUUAGUGGGCGAUAUAGAACGGUCGCUUUCCUUAAGGUUUCUGUUGACAGGACAGUGGUCAACUGCUUUGAUAUGGGGAAUGCGGACAGAGGAUUCAAAACUUCUAGAAACCAUUUCCAACCGUAUCCUUGCACAAUGCUCAUCCGAAGACAUUGCAAAGAUGUCGAUAUUAGAGGGGUUAAAUGAGAUAAUUUUGGUUUCACCGUCUCUAGUUUUCUUACAUAAGUAUUAUCACUACAAGAAAUUGUUUGUUUCUGGACAGAAGAAAGCUGCGGCUCUUUGUUUGGUAAGUGAUGAACUGUGUCUGACCUUUCAUUAG